AAGAAGCUGGAGAAAGAUCUGAAAACUAUCACACUGCCACCACUGUACCGAGGACCAACACAUCUCCACUAGGACUCAGGUCAAGCUAAGGAGUCCCUUAAACUUUGCUAUAUUUAUAAAGGCAGCAUGGAUGUCUUCAAGAAAGGCUUCUCUAUGGCUAAGGAAGGUGUGGUGGCAGCUGCAGAGAAAACCAAGCAGGGUGUGACAGAGGCUGCAGAGAAGACCAAAGAGGGGGUCAUGUAUGUAGGAUCCAAAACUAAGGAGGGUGUGGUUCAAAGUGUCAACACAGUUGCUGAAAAAACCAAAGAACAGGCCAGUGUGGUGGGUGGAGCAGUGGUAACCGGUGUAAACCAAGUGGCAUCAAAGACUGUAGAAGGAGCCGAAAAUGUCGUAACUUCAGCCGGCAUUGUAAAAAAGGAGGACUUAGCACGCCCAGAAGAAGCUGCUGCAGAAGAGCCAGCUGUGGAGGCCACAGAAGAAACUGAGAAGGCUGGUGAUGCAGAGAAUUAGUCAUUUAAUCUUAAAUGCUGCCAAACUCUUAGAAGAUCUAUCGCUAAUACGAUGCAGGAAACCAUUGAUUCCACAACUGAACAUCCCCAACCAUCCAUCGCACUGUUUAUCAUGAAGAUUUACAAAUUUGCCUUCUUCUGGUAGAUUGAUUCAUUUAAAGUAGUAUCAUAGCAGUUGUGUGAAAAUGUUUGCAAACCUUUUGGGAUCUUGUUUUCAUGAUUAAAACUUAAAAUGUCAACUAAGUCAUAUAAUCUUUAAUGACAACAUUAAACAGUCCCAUCAUUUUAUUAAGCAAGUAUAUGCAAGAAUUAAAGGGGUUGUCCAUCCUAGGAGCUGACAACCCAAAUGCGUACCUCAUUAUAAA